AUGGCACCUACUAGAAAAUAUCCAUCUGGCUACUUAAAGCGUCAAAGAAAAAGAAAAGUUGAACAAUUGAUUCACUCUCAAAAAGGAGCUAUUGAUAGGUUCUUUCUAAAAGAAAAAGAACCACAAAGUUUAGUGGAUGAUUUAAUUACGGAACAACAGGAUGACAAUGAGAAAUUAGUUGAUGAUUUGGGCAAUGAUGAAAUUAAUAAUGACCUUGAUGAGAAUGAUAAUCAUGAGGAUGCUCCUAUUGUCACUGAUCAACUGAGUGAGUCCAUUCCCUCAAACAUUUAUGAUCCUCAAAUUUGGGAUAGUCUUGAUCCUAAAUGGAUUGAUUUGUUGGCAGAAAAAGGUCCUGCAAGAGAUCUAUCAAUUGAGAAAGGUCCUAAGAUCAGUUUAAUAGGCGUUUUAAUGCAGCCUUUUACACUCGAUACUUAUCUAAUGGAGAGAAACAUGAGAGAGAUUGGCUAG